UUCAUUCUGCAAGGCGUCGGAAACCCUAUUCGUCAUCCCCUAUUUUUCUGCCUAUUUAGACAUUAUCAAAAUCCCAUGCCCUAGAAAUUGAAUCCUCCCCCGCCAUGGAAGAAGCGGAUUCUCAUAAUCACCCUCCCGAAACCGCCAAUCUUCUACCCGAAACAGCCAAUCUUCUUCCGGAAACCGAUCUCAGCACCACCAAUGAAGACCCGAUACCACCAUCCACCCCCCAAAACCACCUCCAAGACCCCGAAAGUCACCCCCAAACCCCGCCGGAAAAUCACCCCCGCCCUGUCCCCACUCCUCAAAGCCAAGACGGAAACCCUAACCCACUGCCGGAAAACCACCUGCUGUCUGAGGAAUGCCCACCUCCUGCGAAGAAACGCCGCCGCCGGAAGAAGCAGUUCCCGGAAAUGAUCCCGUCCGCCUCUGCCGCAUCCGGCCUCCGCGUCCUCCGGCCCCACUCCAACAAAUCCAGCAUCUACAAUGAGAAGCUUAUGGACGAGAUCAUCCAGCUUCAGAUCAACGAAGGUCCUUCUCCGUCCAAGCCCCGCCGCCGCAAGAUUGCCGACCUCGCCAAGGAGGUUGAUGUCGAGGCCAUGAUCGCCAUCUCCGUCGGCUUCCCAGUUGACUCUCUCGCUGAGGAGGAGAUAGAGUCCAACGUGGUCCCCACGGUUGGCGGCGUCGAACAGGCCAACUACAUAGUUGUCCGCAACCACAUCCUGGCCCGCUGGCGGUCCAAUGUCUCCGUGUGGAUGACCAAGGACCAUGCCCUGGAAUCCAUACGGUCCGAGCACCGCGGCCUCGUCAGCACUGCCUAUGGCUUCCUCCUCGACCAUGGGUACAUCAACUUCGGCCUGGCUCCCUCCAUCAAGGAGGCCAUCUUGAAGCCGCUGUCGGAUGGGGCCGAGCGGGCCAAUGUCAUAAUUGUUGGGGCGGGCCUUGCCGGACUAUCUGCUGCGCGGCACCUACUUUCAUUGGGCUUCAAGGUUGCAAUCAUUGAGGGAAGGAACCGGCCUGGGGGACGGGUCUUGACAAGGAAGAUGCAGGGUGAUGGGGUGGUUGCAGCUGCUGAUCUUGGUGCCAGUGUCCUCACCGGAAUCAAUGGGAACCCGCUCGGUGUCCUGGCAAGGCAGCUUGGGUUUCCGCUCCACAAGGUACGAGACAAAUGCCCACUGUAUCUACCCAGCGGAAAGGCUGUUGAUCCCGAUAUCGACUCGAGGGUCGAGUUUACAUUCAAUAGGCUUCUAGAUAAGGUCUGUAAGCUCCGGCAGACAAUGCUGGAUGAGGUGAAAUCUGUGGAUGUCUCGUUGGGAACUGCACUCGAGACCUUCAGGCAUGUGUACAAGGUUGCUGAGGUGCCCGAGGAGAGGAUGCUUUUGAACUGGCAUCUUGCAAAUUUGGAAUAUGCAAAUGCCGCAUUAUUGUCGGAUCUGUCGAUGGCGUACUGGGACCAGGAUGAUCCUUAUGAGAUGGGUGGGGACCACUGUUUCAUCCCAGGCGGGAAUGGGAGGUUCGUCCGUGCGCUUGCAGAGAACCUUCCAAUUUUUUAUGGUCAGAUGGUAGAGAGUAUAAGAUAUGGGGUUGAUGGGGUUAUGGUCUGUGCGGGUGGAAAGGUUUUUCGUGGUGACAUGGUUCUGUGCACGGUCCCAUUGGGGGUCCUCAAGAAGGGGACAAUUGAGUUCCUCCCAGAGCUGCCACUGCAGAAGCGGGAUGCAAUUCAGAGACUGGGGUUUGGGUUGCUUAACAAGGUUGCAAUGCUGUUCCCACGUGAUUUCUGGGGUGGAUGGAUUGAUACAUUUGGGCAUUUGACUGAGGAUACAAGUAAACGUGGGGAGUUCUUUCUAUUCUACAGCUACUCUUCAGUUUCGGGAGGCCCACUUCUGGUAGCUCUUGUUGCGGGGGAAUCUGCUUUGAAAUUUGAGGCAAUGUCUCCAGUCGAGUCUGUACAGCGAGUUUUAAAGGUACUGAGGAGAAUUUUUACCCCAAGAGGGAUUGAAGUUCCUGACCCAAUUCAUGUGGUUUGUACUCGCUGGGGGAAAGAUCGGUUCACAUAUGGAUCCUACUCAUAUGUUGCAGUUGGGGCUUCUGGGGAUGAUUAUGACAUUCUAGCUGAGCCCGUGGGAGAUGGGAGGGUUUUCUUUGCUGGGGAGGCUACCAACCGACGGUACCCGGCAACGAUGCAUGGAGCUUUCCUCAGUGGGUUGAGGGAGGCUGCCAACAUAUUGAGAGCAGCUAACAGGAGGCCCUUGGGUUUGUCAGACAGGCCAUAUGUACGAGAGGAAAGUGUGGAUUGGAACAAUCUGUUUACGAGUCCUGAUUUGUCAUUUGGGAGUUUCUCAGUUCUGUUUGAUCCCAGUACAGAUGACCUUGCAUCUCUUUCACUGUUGCGAGUUGGGUUUGGUGGAAAAUUGUUGGAAUCUGGUCCUCUUUAUCUUUAUGGCUUGAUUUCGAGGAAGCAGGUGAUGGAGCUGAGCAAGGUUGAAGGAGAUGAAAACAGAUUGAGGGUGUUGUAUCGUACCUAUGAUGUGAAGUUGGUUGGAAGGAAAGGAUUGGGAAGAGAUGGAGAAUCUCUUGUAGCCCGUUUGAAGGCAGGUGGAGUGGACCUCAAUGCAUUAGGUACGGAUGAAGCCCAACAAUCAUAACAAGUUCUCUUCAGUUUCCUGCAGUAUGAGCAUUCUUUGUAUGAUUGGAUUUCAUUAAACAGACCUUGAGCCGGUAACGACUUCUGACACACUGGCUUGGGUUCAUUUCUUUCAAUCAUUUCUUUCAAUGAGAAAAUCAAAGGAGGAUACCAACAAUUUUGUAUUGGUUGUCAUGAAUCAUUGGAAACUGAUUAGAAGACAAGUAGAGAUACAAUGGUCGAGAUUUCUUGGCCAAGGAUUAGAUAGGAUUGCUAACUCUUUAGGUUGUGACUUUGAGGAGUUAAUCUGUCUGAAUGGAUUGACAGACAGAAAUUCUAGCUCUUCAGUACUUACUGAUUUUAUGACCUGAUUCUCCUGAAACGUAAUUGUUGGCAUUACCAUUGUUCUUGUAUGGGGCUAAACUGAAAACUUUAGUGAAUAUAGAGGUCAAAAUUGCUGUCUAUAAUGCUCACUUUUUUUUAACUGCAUGGAUUCUAUAAUUAGUAGCUUCAACCGGUCAUGGCGAGGUUGUAUUGCUGCUACUAUAAAUGAAAGUAUUUAAUCUCAGCCAUUUAUUGAAAAUGCUAGUGUAAUUGUUUUAAAUAAUUACCAUAUCAUUUUAUUGUGGCGA